AUGUAUUCAAUUAUUGGUCUGUUUUAUGCUGCAAAUCUGCAACUUUUUUAUGGAACUGUGGGUGUUCGGGYCAGAUUAAUCCCACAGGGUCCUGAAGGUCGCUUUGAUAUUCUUUCUUUGUCUGGAGCAUUUAYGCCGAAUGAGAAUGGUGGAGCAAAAGGUUGCUCUGGUGGGAUGAGUGUUUCUUUGGCAGGCCCUAAUGGACGUGUUUUGGGUGGAGGACUUGCCGGUAUGCUUGUAGCUGCUGGUCCUGUUCAGGUGAUACUUGGAAGCUUUCUUCCCAGCCACCAACAGGAGCACCAGAAACCACCCAAGAAAUCAAUAUUGGAACCUAUACAAGCUAUCUUGCCGCCGCCUAUCGCCGCCACUUCUGUGUUCAAACAAGCAACCGAGAGAAGGUAUGGUGAUGAACCGAAUAUAAGCUUUACCCUCCCAAACCCGACACAUAUAGCACGGAGUUUAGACCCUGAAAACAACGGAUCUUUGCGUGCAUCUGAACCUAAGGUGCUCAACGCGUCACAGUUCGAGGUUUCUUGCUGAUCAAAUCAGUGGUGUAUUAGCUGACUUAGGAAAUCAUUAGACUUAUUUAUUGUUGUUAGAAGACAUCAAAUCUUUUUGGUGUUGUUUUAAAUCUUAACCUUAGGUGUUGAAGAGUUGGCAUAAAUUUAAUGGAAAAUG